AUGGGUCGGCUCGACCGGAGUUAUACCACGGCCUCACAGAAAUCCGGCGUGAAACAACCACAGCGUUGUGUUUCGCCGUCCGCUACAGCUGUAGUAGAGCCUUCACCAAGAAGCGUCAACGUGGCCUUGGAAACAUCAUUCCUCUUCGAACCAAAGGAAAUGAAUGACAACAUAGCUUUUAUAAAGAAUAUAAAAGACUUCUUAGACAAACUUUAUACAAUGUUAGCGCCGCAGUUGAAAAACUAUAACCGUUAUCGUGAUCUUCGAGCGUCAAAACAGUUCAGAGCAGAUGACAGACCACAAUUGAAUUUUGUGGAUCUUUUUCAAGAAUACUGUAACCACGUGGCCAACAUAACCUUAUCUAGUUUCGACCAAUCAGCAUCAGUUAUUAAGAAAGAAGUUUUUAAAAUGGUUGACUCCAACAAGUCUAUACUGAAACAUAUUUUACCGGAUAAGAACAUUAAGGAAAUUAUGACGGAUCUCCUUAAUAAAACACACGGAGUCAAAACAUAUCAACGAUGUCACAAAAUACCCGCGAUGCGCAGAUUCUCUAGGAAAAUGGAUAGAAUCUAUACGCAACGUGAUAUGAAAAAGUUACAUAAAUAUUUGAAAAAAUUCUACGAAGCUAUUGAGAGCACGAGUAAAUCGGAUGCGACAAAAAUCGUUAAAGAAUUCAUACGAUUCGCUAUCGUAGACAAGUAUGACGAACUUAAUGAAACUGAUAAGAAAUUUUUCGUAAAAGAAGCGAAUAUUUUAUUAGGUAAUAUAACACAGGAGAAAAAUAAGGAAUUAAUCGAAAAACGCCAUAUUCAACAUCAUGAUAAAAACACACAAAUACCAAAAAAUAACCUUUCGACAAAUUCUAAUGCACAAAGGAAUUUCGGUGAAGCAAUAAAUACAACUUCUAAACCAAAAUUGAAAUCUACAAAUGACAAUAUGGAAACACGGAAAUCAAUAGCACGUACAGAAAAAAGGGUCGGUGUGAUGAGGUCAAGGAAUGAUAGAGAAAGAACUGGCAAUAAUGAAAUUGUAGUUGAUAAUAUAGAGCUUGUAGUGCAGUCGCUUAAAUCGUAA